AUGAAUAUUGAACAUAAAUUAAACAAGCCCAAAGGUUUUGAAAAAGGUUGUUUGUUUGACCCGAAGGUGGCCGAAGCUGAGGCUGAAGCUGUUGUUCAAAAGCGGGCGCGCAUCGCUGAAGUGUGCUCCAGCCCCUCCACGCCCACGGAAACGUCGCAAGACCCAAAGACACCGAACCCCACACCCCCCCUGAACACACCGCCCCCACGCUCGCCCUCCGACCACGAGCUAAACGUUGAAGAGGAACUUGAGGAACAAUCGGAAACCUCACUCACUCCAGAAAACUUGUCAAUGAAAGAAAGAAACGACGACAUGUCCGUGAAAAAAGAGGACAACGACAAAUGGGAGAGUCCCGACUUCAAAUACAAGUACAGGCAAAGAAAAGCUGACAGCGUCCCCGAGGCGGUGCCCGAAGAUCCCGCGCCAUUCCAGAAAUCCCCAGUAGAUGUUCUUAUCAAAGUGUUUCCCAGGCGCAGUAGACAGGAGAUAGAAGCGAUUCUCGCGCGAUGCAAGGGAGAUGUGGUGGCCGCGAUGGAAAUGAUGGUGAACGGUGCUGACAACACAUACAUGACUCCAGAGACUCCUUACCUCCAGAACUAUCAAUCUAAAUCCGCCUUCUCCCCCCUCUCGAAUCAAAGCUUCAAGUUUUCCCCCUCGAGGCGGUUUCUGACGCCGCCGUACAGCGGAACUGGUUACUUGCCAACAGUGAUCCGACCACCGCCGGAGUACUUGUCCUCGUUCCUGCCACACUCGGAGAUGAUGUACGGCAGACAGCUGCAGGUGCCGUCCCCCGGGACCUCGCCUACAUCCGACAAUACCAACAAUGAAGGCUUUUCUGAUUAG